AUGGCGAAAGGCCAGGCGGGUGUGAACCCAUCCGAAAUUGAAAAUACCCUUCCUGCCGUGUUAUCGAAACCCUGGACGUUCCUUCAUCCGACCGAUCAUUUGCACGCUCAAAUCGCGGAUUCCGCAAAGCAAAUCUUCGACCCGCUAGCAGCUUCCAUCGUCGACGAACAAACCCUCCGCCGUCAAAUUAACAGGAAGCGCAAGAGGGUGGAUGCUGACCUGGAUGGUGUUCCGCCACUACAACUGAAGAACCUGUACGUGGAUGGGUUCAACUCUAACCAAAUAUGGGAACAAGCAACCCGAAUCCUUGAGUCCGCGGGAAAGGAGGUCGAACGAGAUAUUACACUACUUGCUCGCAAAGAUGACGACCUAUCCUCGGCCGAUGAGGAUCAAUUGAAUCUAUCUGAUCCCGAGGGCUCGAUUUCCGAAAGCGACGACGCUGACAGCUUGUCGGAUGAGUUUUUGGAGAGUGCGAGCUUCGAUGACAAUGGCGAAGAGAUAGGCGAGAAGUCUGAGCGGUCAGAUGGGGAGGAUUCAGAGUCUGGCGGCAUGAUGGACGACGCCAUGAGCGUGGAUGACGCUUCAGUCGACUCCCAGGAGGAAGAUCCUGGUACCUAUGUCGAAGAUCGCUUCGGCCUUAAUGACGGGUUCUUCUCCAUCGACGAUUUCAACAAGCAGACCGAGAACUGGGAGAGGCUAGACGCCAGAGGUGCAGGCAAUGAUGCCGACGACAGCGAUGACGAGGAGAUUGACUGGCAUGCCAAUCCUAUGGAGACGGGUAUGGGAUCUCUUCCCAAAACCUCGGCUUCUAGGAAAUCGCGCGGGUCGGACGAAAACAGCGACAUGGAUGAUGAUAGUGAGGAGGAUGGUCCGACGUUUGGCAAUGCGGACCUUCAUGGCGACUCCGAUUCAGACGAAGAUGCCUUUGAUGCGGAGGAUGCAGGCAUGGGCGGACUUGAGAAUGCAAAUGACAUCAAAUAUGCUGAUUUCUUUGCCCCACCUCCGCGCAAAGCCUCAUCUAAAAAGGCACGAGCAUUGCCGAAGACCCAGCCAUCGGCAGAAGUGAUGGAGGGUGACGUGGAGCGCGCCAUGGCCGAUGUUCGACGUGAUCUCUUUGACGAGCAGUCCGAAGCUGAGGAUGAGGACGAGGAGAUGGAUGAGGCUGGUGACUCCCAUGGUCCACGCUCGACCCACGAAAAGUCGCGCGCCCGCAUUGCGGAUGAAAUCCGCCGCCUGGAGGCGGCCAACGUGGCCAAGAAAGAAUGGAUGCUUACCGGUGAAGCCAGAGCCGUUGAGCGUCCGAUCAACUCUCUCAUCGAGGAGGACCUAGACUUCGAGCGCGUGGGCAAGCCCGUCCCCGUCGUGACAAACGAAACCACCGAGGACAUCGAAGCCCUUGUCAAGCGUCGCAUUCUUGCAAAGGAGUUUGAUGAAGUAAUUCGCCGUCGCCCAGGUGCUGCUGACAUCCAGUCUUCACGACGUGGGCGAUUCGAGCUGUCGGACACCAAACCUCAGCAAAGCCUGGCGGAAAUGUACGAAGCCGAUCAUCUACGAGCAACGGAUGCCAAUUAUGUCGACCCGAAGAACCAGAAGCUGAUGCGCGAGCAUGCCGAGGUGACCGAUCUCUGGAAAGAGAUCAGCUCCAAGUUGGACCUUCUCUGCAACUUGAACUACAAGCCGCAAACGCCUCAGGUUAGUAUCAAUGUCGUCACCGACGCUCCAACAAUCAUGAUGGAGGACGCCCGGCCUACGGCCGGUAGUGCUGUGGGGGGACCGUCAGCCUUGGCUCCACAGGAAAUCUACGCGCCCGGUGACGAUGGUCGCGUCGCCGGCGAGGUGGUGCUCAAGACUGGUGCGGUUAUCUCCAAGGACGAGAUGAACCGAGAAGAGAAGGCCCGCAAGAGGAGGCAAAAGAAGAGCCAAAGGAAGGAAGAUGUCUCUACCCGACCCUCUGGCAAGGCGGCCGAGAAGCAGCAGCUUGUGUCCGACCUGAAGAAGGGCGGUGUCAAGGUCAUCAACAAGGAGGGCCAAGUCACCGACAUGAGUGGAAGCAAGGUGGGAGCAAAUAUCAAGAGCAGUGGAGAUACCCUCAAGCUAUAA